UUCGCGCGAGUUGAUGGAAUUCGGCGCCAAGGCGAGGAUCGCGCCCAACCCGCCUGGGGGUAUCUGCUUGCACCUCAGCGUCCAAGAGUUAAACAUGCCGGAGAACGCCAAAGUAAAGGAGUACGUUGCGCGCUGGUGCCGGCGGCAAGACGUUGUUUGUAGGACAGAGAAUGACCAAGUUCGGGCCCCAGAAAUCUCAGGUGGUGCGCAAGAAAUCUCAGGUGAAUCAAGCAGGAGCCAAAGAAGCACACGGAAAAAACGCACGGCGGGAGAAACCAGAAAUCUGUGCCCCAUCUGUGAAGAAAUUGAAAGAGGCCUUUUGAGGCCCAAGGAGGAAAUAAGGGCUUACAUUCUGCUGUGGUGCAGACAAAAUGCACCAGGCACAGUAACGCAGUAUAGUCCAGCCCUCAUCACAUCUGAGGACAAAUUAGCUCAGUCUUCUUCGGGAGCCUUAAGCGCUGCCUACUCUUCAGGAGCCAAUGGCCAGUCUGCGUCUAAAGCUACAGCUACAGCCCAGUCUUCAGCUUCCAACAACUUUGGUCAGGCCGCUUCAUCUUCCAACGCCAUCAGUCAGUCUGCCUCUGAUGCAUCGAGCGCUGCUCACUCGUCAGCAAGCAACAACUUUGGCCAGUCAUCGUCUGGAGCUACUAGUGCUGCUCACUCUUCAGCAAGCAACAGCUUUGGCCAGUCAUCAUCUGGAGCUACUAGUGCUGCCCACUCUUCAGCAAGCAACAACUUUGGCCAGUCAUCGUCUGGAGCUACUAGUGCUGCUCACUCUUCAGCAAGCAACAGCUUUGGCCAGUCAUCGUCAGGAGCUACUAGUGCUGCCCACUCUUCAGCAAGCAACAGCUUUGGCCAGUCAUCGUCUGGAGCUACUAGUGCUGCCCACUCUUCAGCAAGCAACAACUUUGGCCAGUCAUCGUCAGGAGCUUCUAGUGCUGCCCACUCUUCAGCGGCAAAUAAUUUCGGCCAGUCUUCCUCAGAAGCCUCGAGUGCCGCGCACUCGUCCGCAUCAAACAAUUUCAGCCAAUCUUCAUCUGAAGCUGCAAGCGCAGCCCACUCUUCAACUAAUAACAACUUUGGACAGUCAGCUUCUGGAUCCUCUUCUGCCCUAUCCUCAUCUCUGCAUAGAGUAGACCAAUCUUCAUCUGGAGCAUCUAGCGCUGCCCACUCUUCAUCAUCCAACGUCAUCGGCCAGUCUGCCUCUGAAGCGUCGAGCGGAGCCUACUCUUCAGCAGGCAGCAACUUUGGCCAGUCAGCAUCUGGAGCUACUAGUGCUGCCCACUCUUCGGCGGCGAACCAUUUCGACCAGUCUUCCUCAGGUGCCUCAAGUGCCGCACACUCGUCAACCAACUAUCAUUUUGGACAAUCUACAUCUGAAGCAGCAAGCGCUGCCCACUCUUCAUCAUCCAACGCGAUCGGUCAAUCUGCCUCUGAUGCAUCAAGCGUUGCACACUCUUCUGCAGCGAACAGUUUCGGGCAGUCUUCCUCAGGGGCUUCAAGUGCCGCACACUCGUCAUCCACCAACAAUUUUGGGCAUUCUACAUCUGAAGCUUCCAGUGGCGCCCACUCAUCAGCAGCCAACAAUUACGAACAGUCAGCCGCUGGAGCCUCUAGCUCUGCCCAUACUUCGGUGGCCAACAAUUUCGGACAGUCUUCGACCGUUGCCAACAGUGCUGCGCACUCUUCAGCAGGCAGCAAGGUUGGCCAAUCAGCGUCCGGAGCUACUAGUGCCGCCCACUCUUCAGCGGUAAACAAUGCCGCACAGUCGUCUUCAAGUGCUUCAAGUGCCGCACACUCGUCUUCCACCAACAAAUUUGGACAAUCUUCAUCUGAAGCUGCAAGCGCAGCCCACUCUUCAGCAGCACACCAAUUUGGAUCUUCUGUCACCGGUGCAGACAGCACUGCGCACUCUUCAUCAAGCCACAAUUUUGGACAAUCCUCCUCGGGGUCAUUGAGUGCCGGCCACUCUUCAUCCUGUCAACAAUCACGGACAGUCAGCCGCUGGAGCCUCUAGCUCUGCCCAUACUGCAGCAGCAAACAAUUUCGGACAUUCUUCGACCGUUGCCAACAGCGCCGCGCACUCUUCAGCAGGCAAUAGCUUUGGCCAGUCUGCGUCUGAAGCUUCUAGUGCUGCCCACUCUUCAACGGCGAACAAUUUCAGCCAGUCUUCUUCAGGUGCCUCCAGUGCCGCGCACUCUUCCGUCGCAAACAAUUUCGGCCAGUCUUCAUCUGAAGCUGCAAGCGCAGCCCACUCUUCAACUAACAACAAUUUCGGACAGUCUUCCUCAGGUGCCUCGAGUAACGCGCUCUCUUCCGCCGCAAACAAAUUCGACCAAUCUUCAUCUGAAGCUGCAAGCGCAGCCCACUCUUCUACUAACAGCAACUUCGGACAGUCAGCUUCUGGAUCUUCUUCCGCCCUAUCCUCAUCUGUACACAGAGUAGACCAAUCUUCAUCUGGAGCAUCUAGCGCUGCCCACUCUUCAUCAUCCAACGUCAUCGGCCAGUCUGCCUCUGAAGCGUCGAGCGGUGCCUACUCUUCGGCGAGCGGCAACUUUGGCCAAUCAGCUUCUGGAGCUACUAGUGCUGCCCAAUCUCUGCCGAGUCUGGAUAGUGAUUCUCUUUCCGGGUUCCUGGAUCGUUGCCCAUGUGCGGCUAUUUUUAGAGAACUCCUGACGCAUCGUAUAUCCGAAACGCCUGCUCAGUAGUAAGGACACGUCUAUCCUACUGCUCCCCUCUUUCUACUCUGAUGGUGUCCUUGAUGUAACUGGCCUACCAUGAAAUUUUCAGGUGGACUAGGAAAUUAUUGGGAUGAAAUUUCAGUCAGAAAAUAUAGCUGUUUGGGGAUUUGGAGUUUUGGCCUACCCAGGCAUGUU